AGAAACCAAACAUAAUAGCAACCUUUUUUUUUAGAAUUUUCCAUUUUUAUUUCUUAUAUAUUCAAAUCUUCUAUUUGCACUAUUGUUUUAUCCCUUUUGGUACCCUAAACAAAGAGAUUAUUUAAGAAAGCAUUCCCAUUUCUUAUCUCUUAACCAAACAAAAAUGGGAAGAGGGAGAGUUGAAUUAAAGAGAAUAGAGAACAAAAUUAACAGACAAGUUACUUUUGCAAAGAGAAGAAAUGGUGUACUCAAGAAAGCUUAUGAGCUUUCAGUUCUUUGUGAUGCUGAAGUUGCUCUUAUCAUCUUCUCUAACCGUGGAAAGCUCUAUGAAUUCAGCAGCACCUCUAGCAUGAUGAAAACAUUGGACAAAUACCACAAGUACAGCUAUAAUGAAUUGGAGACCAACCAGCCAGCCAAUGCCACUCAGAAUUAUCAGGAUUAUGUGAGAUUAAAAGAGAAUGUAGAAACCUUACAACGUUCCCAAAGGAAACUUCUUGGCGAAGAUAUUGCACAAAUGAAUACAAGUGAGCUCGAGCAGGUUGAAAAUCAAUUGGAGACAGCACUUAAGAAUAUAAGAUCAACAAAGACUCAAUUCAUGCUUGAUCAACUUGCCGAUCUUCACAUUCGGGAAACUCAACUUGUUGAAACAAAUAAUGCUUUAAGAAGUAAGCUUGAAGAAACUGAUCAUAACUCACAAGUUCGAGGUAGAAUGUUGGCUCUUGGGUCUAACUUCCAUCACACACGCUUUCCUCUUCAACAUGUGGGAGUCAAUUCCAACUUGCAAUUUGGAUACAAUCCAAUGGAUUCUAAUGAUGUAAAUGUUGGAGCUUCAUCCUUAAGUAUGAAUGGAUUCACCUCUGUGACGUGGACGCUUUGACGACAUUGAAUUUUCAUACCAUAAUACCAUAAAGAUUAAAAAGAAAUGGCAAAUUCCCUUAUUUUCAUGCCAUAGCAUUAUUUGUCAAUGUUUACAUGAAGAAAAAUAUUCCCUUAUUUUCAUUUUGCUAGUCAUGCAUAAAUAAUGGCGAGUAGUAUUGUCAUAAAUUUCUUUUCUGAGACAAGUAUUGUCAUAAAAAUUUAUGAACCAACAACUUUGGAUAUUCGUAUAUUGAUCAAUUUAAAACUUUGUAAGCUUUUAUUCAUGGGAUAAGCAUAUGCUAAUAUAAUAAGGUUCAAUGUCUCUAUAUAUAUUGAACCUUUUUCAUUUUAUCUA